AUGUCUAUGAAGAUCCUACGUCAUCAAUUUGAAAAUAAAGGAUCUAACUGUGAAAAUGACGAUGACAUCAACUUGGAUUGGAAUCUUACUGAAGAAGAACCAACCACUGAAAACUUGGAGCCUUUGGAGCAACUUGCCGUGGAUGAAAUAUACAUUCCAGAUGAGCAAUUUGCUGAAAUAGAAGCUGGAGAAAUUUCGCACAUUUCCAUGCAAAUGGAUGCGCGUCGCCGGCAGCGUUGCUUUGGUUGUGGAAAACUCGAGCCACACAGCGCUUACAUAAAAUAUAAUAAUAAGAAUUUAAGUGCAAUACAGGCAACAAAAGGCACCAUCAAGCAGGCAACAACAUUAGCUGCAACAACAAGAGUGUGGUUAGUGUAUUUUCCAAACACAAAAGCGUGCUCGAACCGCAAUAGUGUACCAGCUGUGUGUGUAAUAAGCUUAGCACAUCGACGACAAGCAGUGAGCAAAUCUGAGGAACGUACACAUAAGUUGCCACAAACACAGUUGGCUUUUGCGACAGCAACCGGAAACUGUGGCCACAGCAUUUGGAUCAGCCUGCGACCCCACCUGAGAAGCAUACGUUUCACUUUAAGGGUAAUUUUCUAUGUUGCUAUUGUUGUUGGUGUUGUGGCAGCGGAAUCACCUUGUGUUGGCAGCUAUAAUCUAAAGGUGGUAGCAACAGCAGCGGCUGCAGCAUCAGGAAAAACCAUUUUACGAACUCAACCGCAGCUACCAACAGCCAAUCCACCGCAACUUGUUGUUGCAAAAUCCCAUUUGCCACAACCGUUCACGCCGGCAACAAUGGGCUCAUGCUUCGGCCGUUGCGUAGCAAAGGAUGCUCAUGGUGGAGCCACCACAACAUCCUGUUUGUGGCGUCAACAGCGUGCAACAGAUGAACAAGAAGCGGAACUCGUGUCGAAUGCGAGCGACAAAUGCCCGAGAGAGAAUUUCAUAUACCGAAUUAUAAAAUUUAAAACGAAGCAAAAACGACCACAGUUUAUCGAUAAAUUCUGGGAACAGCAGGAUAUGCAGUAUACAAAAUUAGCUAGCAGAAAUGGAGCCGAGGGUCUCUCUGACAUUCAGCUCCAGAAUCUCGAUGUACACAACUUACUUAGCAACACCAUUUUGGCCAAGGAAUCAGCGCUCAACUACUGCUUGUCCGAGGCGCAAUACGCAGCGGCCAGCUCGCGUGCCAGUUCCUCGCUCGACCUCGAAUGGGAACACGAAUACGGUCACAUGCGGCAGCUGUACCAGCAACCGCACAACACAAACCACAGCACACAGUCCCUGCUACUCACCACCCACAACGGCAGCAACAACAACCUGGCACAAUACACCAAUUGCAACACUACACCGGUUCAUCAGCUGCAUGCGCUCAACAAUAACAACUCAACGUGUAAUGGCAAACGCAGCGCCACCUACGACAAUCAUCCGCUUCAUGUGCACCUAAACGAUUCAUGGCAAUAUCUCAGCCACGACGAGGAACAAAUGAAUUCGCUGACUUCAUACACACAAUCACAGUCUCUGCCGCAUGCGCCAUUGAAUGUCGCAGCAGCUUCGUUGGCGACGGCAAAAGCAACCGAAUGCUCCGAAUCGCGCAUGCGCGUACGUCGUGGCCAACAGCCGCCUAUCAACGAACGGCGUAAUAGUUCCUUUACACGCACCUCACCGUCACACAAUUCUUGGUCGCACAUCUCGACACCUGAGUCACUCGAAUGGGAUCAGGAUGAGGAACAGCAACGACAGUUACGUGUCGAAGAUGAUAAUUUGGAUCAUGAAACGCUGGAGCUCUUGCAUCAGAUUGAACAGCUGAAGAAUCGUGUGCUAGAUGAGACCGGCGAUGGGCUCUUCGAUGAUGGCGUGAUGGCUGCCGAAGUAGGGGAUAUGAGCGAGGGUAUACACUUUGUUGUGGGAGGGCAAAGCUGUGCGGAGGAUGAGCGGAAAAAUAUCAGUUGA